AUUUAUGUAUCUAGGGUUAGUAAACAUAGCAAGAUCCGUCCAAACUAAAAGGGUCAAGUUUGCUUGCUUAUAUACAGUAAAGAGGAUUUUGGUCUAUAUUUUAUCGAAACCAGUGAAUUGUUAUUCAAUCUUUCUGACCUAAUGUCGAUGGGUAACGAACAAGAGAAGCCGCUGAAAUCCGAAUCUGAACAACAAGAGAAACUGUCGAAAUCGGAAUCAGAAAAAGAAGAAUCAGAAGAAGACGAAUCAGAGUCGGAAUCAGAAGAAGAUGAAUCAGGAUCGGAAACUGAGUCAGACUUGGGUUGGGAAUCGAAACCAGUAGAAUAUCUAAAAGAAAAGUACGAAGACGAUCCAUGUCCAUGUUAUUUUUCAUGUGAUAGGUUUGUGUACAAGAAUAAAGCAAUGAUAAAACAAGAAGAGGAUAGUGAAAAGGCCGUGAAUGAGUAUUGGGAGAGUAGUCGUAACAUAAGUCCCUACGAUGCUAUUCCUGUUCCACCUUUGGCGAAUUUACGUUUCAGUAACUUCCCAAGACCCAUUACCAUUACAGAAGGAUGGCGCCCACGUUUCAUUCACCUCUCCAAACUUGCUCUGGAAAGCUACAAUUAUGAUAAUCAGGGUUUAAAUUACGAGUUUGAAGACAUUGUCAAAGCACGUCACCGCCAGAGAAGGUGCAGCUGGUUGAAUCAAAGCUAAAUGCAGGGAGAAACACACUAUAGAAAAGAGAAGCACUGGAAGAAGCACAAUGAAUGUACACAAAACAUGACGGGAAUGAAUGACGAUAGAAAAAAGUUCUAAAGACGACGGAUGGAUGACACAGCGAAGAAUUUGAAGACAUCAAGAUGAUAUUUCUUCAUAUACUCGUAUUUUAACUCAUUCCAAUGUAUAUAAAUUAUACCCUGUCAAUUUCUAAUUACAGAUAAUUUCAGCCAACUUUCGAAAAUAUUAUUGUA